GCGACGCCCCAGCCGGCUAGGCCGGGCGCUCGGGGUUCGUUGCGUCGCGCGGCGUCCCGCGCAGCUCGGUGAGACUUCGGCCGCCCGGAGCGCGGAGAUUCUUUGACUCUGCACAUAUAGACAACUCUAUGUUCCCAGUUCAUCAUGGCUUCAACUUCAAGCACCUUCACCGUUGGGAGAGGUGCCGGUUCGAAGCCAAAGUCUACGAAGCUGCUGGAGGUUCUGAAUGCACUGGAGGAGGAGUCCAGCCGCAGCAGGGAGGAGAUCUUCAUUGCGCCGCCCGACAAUGCCUCAGGGGACUUCACUGAUGAGGACUCAGGUGAUGAAGAUGGCCGGCGAGGCUCCCACCUGCCCGGGAGUGUCCUGCACGCUUCUGUGGUGCCCGAGGACUCUGGCACCGAGGAGGAAGAGGAAGAUGAGCUGCAGCUGCAGCCGGCCAUGAAGAGGCAGAAGGCAGUAGCGGAACCUAAGCGUAUUUGGACCAAAAGAGAUAUCCGACCCAACUUCAGCAGUUGGACUGCAUCAGAUCCUCAUAUAGAGGAUCUCAAAAGCCAGGAACUGAGUCCUGUAGGCCUCUUCGAGUUGUUUUUUGAUGAAGGAACAAUUAAUUUCAUUGUUAAUGAAACCAAUCGUUACGCUUGGCAGAAAAAUGUCAACCUCGGGCUCACAGCCCAGGAAUUAAAGUGUGUUUUGGGCAUUUUGAUUUUAAGUGGGUAUAUAUCCUAUCCGAGGAGAAGGAUGUUUUGGGAAACAUCCCCUGAUUCGCAUCACCAUCUUGUGGCUGAUGCAAUUAGAAGGGACAGAUUUGAACUGAUCUUCUCGUACCUGCAUUUUGCAGAUAACACGGAGCUGGAUGAAAGUGAUAGGUUCGCCAAAGUCAGGCCUCUCAUUGUCCGGAUGAAUUGCAAUUUCCAGAAGCACGCACCCUUGGAAGAAUUCUACAGCUUUGGUGAGUCCAUGUGUGAGUACUUUGGGCACCGGGGAUCCAGGCAGCUGCGUGCAGGGAAGCCCAUGCGGCUGGGCUACAAGAUCUGGUGUGGGACAACCAGCAGGGGCUACCUGGUGUGGUUUGAGCCCUCCCAGGGCACGCUGUUCACCAGAUCACACGGGGGCCUGGACCUAGGAGGCAGCAUGGUGGUCAGGUUUGUGGAUGCGCUUCAGGAGCGUGGCUGUCUGCCAUACCACGUGUUCUUUGACAAGGCUUUUACGAGUGUCAAACUCAUGUCCAUUUUGAGGAAAAGGGGGGUGAAGGCCACGGGAACUGUUCGUGAGUACAGGACUGAGCGAUGUCCCCUCAAAGGUCCCAAAGAGCUUAAGAAAAUGAAGAGGGGCUCCUUUGACUAUAAGGUGGAGGAGAGUGAGGAGGUCAUCGUGUGCCGCUGGUGCGACGGCAGCGCGGUCACCGUCUGCUCCAAUGCUGUGGGCGUAGAGCCCGUGGGGCUGGCCGGCCGUCAUUCCGGAACCGCCAGGACGCGGGCCCAGGUCCAUCAGCCGUCCCUGGUGAAGCUGUACCAGGAGAAGGGGGGCGGUGUCCGCCGGAUGGACCAGAACAUGGCGAAGUACAAGGUGAAGAUCCGGGGCAUGAAGUGGUACUCCAGCUUCAUCGGCUAUGUCGUCGACGCCGCCCUCAACAACGCCUGGCAGCUGCACAGGACCUGCAGCCGCGAUGCCCAGGUGGACCUCCUGGCCUUCCGGAGGUAUGUGGCCUGCGUGUACCUGGAGAGCAACGCCGACACGUCCUCCCAAGGGAGGCGAAGCAGGCGGCUAGAAACUGAGAGCCGCUUUGACAUGAUCGGGCACUGGAUAGUCCACCAGGACAAGAGGACCCGGUGUGCCCUCUGCCACUCACAGACCAACACCCGCUGUGAGAAAUGCCAGAAGGGCGUCCAUGCCAAGUGCUUCAGGGAGUACCAUAUCCGGUGAUGCACAGUGGGCAGAGGGAGCCCUGCAGACACUUGGCUUCUGAGAGGUUAACAGCUAAUUACAUACAGUACGUGGAGCACUUGGUUUUAUCUCGGGAAAAAGAGACCUGAAUCCCUAACGAUUUGCUUUUGUACUCCCCUCCCCCAUCUCCAUUACAGUUAUCUUUUUGUUGUCUUCUGUGAUGCCUGCAUGUAACAUAAAUUAAUAUUUAUAUUGGUAAUUAUAGACGUUUAUAAAUCUC